CCAGAGGGGCCAUACAAAAUAGAAAAGAGGUAGAAGGAGAAGGAAAAAAGAAGCCUCUCCCACCUGUUCACCUCCUCUCACCUUUUCCCCCACCAUUUAUUUGAUUCCCCCAAUGGUCUUCUCCCCAUUGGAUUGUACAGAUUCUUACAUAAAAACCCCUGCACCCGAGUAAUUUUUCCCUUCAUUCUCCCAUUCAUCUUCACCUCUUUCCUCUUUUUUCCCCUCUCUCUCUCUGGGGUCUUCUGAGACUCCUGGAUAGCAGAAGAAAACUAGGCGUUGUGGGCUCUUCUUCCUUGGAACUGUAUCCUGGGUUUUGGAGGAGAAAGCCUCUAAGCACCCGCUGAGAUUGGUUUAAAGGGCUUCAGAAAUAUAUAACUCUUUAUAGUUUUGCUAAAAUUUUGCGUAAAAAACGCUGCUUUUUACCUUUUUUGGUGCUGUUAAUUUUUCCCUGGGAUUGAGAAGGGGGAAGGGAGAAGGAGAGGUAGAGAUGGGAAAGCAUGGACCUUGCUGUCAUUGUGGAGUCACAAGUACUCCUCUUUGGAGGAAUGGACCACCAGAGAAGCCAGUUUUAUGCAAUGCAUGUGGUUCAAGGUGGAGAACAAAGGGUUCACUGACAAACUACACUCCUAUGCAUGCUCGAGAGCCUAUUGACUCAGAAGAAUUAAAAGUUACUAAAGCAAAAAGUAUAUCACUCAAGUCGAAAGAGCAGAAGUUGCACAAGAAAAAGCAGAGCAUUACUACAUUGGGAAGUGAACGUGAAAUUCCAUAUUCGGACCAGAACUUCCGAAAGAUAGCUGAUGGUGAUACAAGCAACAGAUCUAGUUCUGGAUCGGCAAUAUCAUAUUCAGAAAGCUGUGCACAUUUUGGAACCACUGAUGCAAGUGAUAUGACAGGUUCAGCACAAUCAAAUGUCUGGGAUCCUCUGGUUCCAUCUAAGAAGAGGACUGGUAUUACUCGUCCAAAGUCCUCUUCUGUUGAAAAGCUCACAAAGGACCUCUAUACUAUAUUGCAUGAACAACAGUCAUCUUACCAAGGAUCUUCUGAAGGGGAUCUACUCUAUGAAAGUAGAACUCCAAUGGGUUCUUUUGAGAUUGGCUAUGGAAGCGUACUUAUUAGGCAUCCAAAAUCAAAGUCUGUGGAGGAGGAAUCAGAGGCAAGCUCACUUCCGGAAGACAAUAAAUCAUACAUCAUUAAUGAGGCUUAUUCAGGGAUAGCAUCCUUUCAUGUACAUAGUGAAAACAAAGGAAUCCUUUCAGAUUCUGGCAAUGACAAGAAGUCUACAGCACAAGUGCUACAAGAGAAUGGUAGAAGGGAUAAAUUUUCCCAUGAUAAGUUACAAAUCUUGCGGGACAGAGAAUCACCACUAUGCUCCACAGAUCUGCAAGAUGUCAUUAAUUUGGAAGUAUUCACAAACUAUCUUACACGUGAGGAACAACAGCGUCUGAUGAAAUAUCUUCCUUCUACAGAUACUAUCAAACCUCCUGAGAGCCUUAAAAGCAUGUUUAGUAGUCCCCAAUUUGCAGCGUCUUUAUCUCACUUCCAGCAACUUCUUCUAGAGGGAAUUUUUGAUCUCUCCUUUUCGGGAUCGAAUGUUGAAGAAUGUAGGACUUUAAAGAAGCUUGUAUUACUCAGUUUGACAAAAUUUAGAUGGGUGGAGUACUAUAAACAGUUAAAGGAUGUAAAGUGUAAACAGAUGACAGAGGGAAAGGGAAUGGCAACUAGGCCAAAAUUUCCUGGAUUUUCCGAUUUGGCAUCCCUCAAGAGGAUGCGAGAUGGCCAGAAUCAGAACUACCCUGAGCUGAAAGAGACCAUGAGAAGCCCAAAAAGAAUGUGCAAAUCUGGGAGCACGAAUCUUCUUUCUGGAAAUCAACCUCAGCUGAAUUCUUGCGAUGCAGGCUCAAAGUUGACAGAUGAUGCAGAUGAUUUCAUAGACAAUGAAGAGGCUUGCUUCAGUCCAAGAAGCUUUUUUGCAUCUCCUCCUGAUAGGGUCUCCAUGGUGGAUGACAGUACUGAUCAUGAUCUGCUUCUGGAUGUGCCUUGCAAUGCAUCAUUUCCUGAGGCAGAACUGCUUUAUCAUCCUUGGAAACAGAAAAUAGCCUCAAGCAGUUCCCCUUCAGAGGGUGGAGUUGCCCAAGGUGAAGAGAGUCGCUCCAACUUUCCAUCUAGUUUCAGCAACAAACUGCCAAAGAACCGGUAGUAAAAUAAUAUCACAUCUUUCUCUAAAACAUAACUGAAAAAACAUAGUGUUUUCAAUGAUGGAUGUUACAGCUUGAGACUCUCUCUCCCAUCGUUUUGGUUUCCUAUAAUGGUGUUUCAGUCUACUUGUUAGUAUGCUGAAAGCUGAUAUUUACCCUUGAACCUAGCUUGGGCUGGUUUCUUUCAUGUAUAGCCUGGCAAGAGACUUGUACCAUAACUCAGAGUGCACAAGGAGUCUCUUUGGCAGCCAGGGAAUGGAGUUGCAGGAAUUUGUAUGUAUUGCCAAUAAAUACAGGAGUGCUGCAUAACCAUGCUAUGUGCCUCAGGCUGUUUGAUGCAUAUUUCGUUGCUCACAGUGGUAAAAUUUGCAUUGUUCAUUCUCUCUCAACUUUGUCAGCAUCCUCAUCUCCUAUGAACUGUUUUUAUGUGAAAUUUGAUGAAUUCUAAUUUCCA